AUGGCCUCUGAUAGCGACUAUGAUGAUACUUUUAUGCUCGAGGACACCAUGGAUGAAGACAGCGACAUUGAAUCUGCCAGCUCUAUAGGGGACGACGACUACGAUGGCAACGACAUGGGCUUUGAUGGCGCCUUUGUGGAGAAGCCCCAAAUGAAAGCAUACGAUGUCGAGUUCAGCGUUCAGAGUACCAACAAUCUUAUGAAGAUGCAAGAGAAAGAGGUGGAGCAAGUAUCAACUAUCCUUGGUUUAUCCAGUGAGGAUUCAGCCACGCUACUACGCUACUUUCGAUGGAACAAGGAAAAGCUCUUUGAACGUUACAUGGAGGUGCCUGAAAAGGUGCUGCGGGAUGCUGGUGUAUUGACCAACACCGAUGACGGCCAUUCUAUGAUGGUGCUUGCCAAAGAUCUACAACUCGACGAGCCUUUCAUGUGUGAUAUUUGCUGUGAUGACGACCCUGACAUGGAGACGGUGUGCGUUGCAUGUGGACAUCGAUUCUGCAAGACUUGCUAUGUACAUUACCUCCGACAAAAGAUUCGAGAUGAAGGCGAGAGUCGACGCAUUGAAUGUCCCCAAGAUAAAUGCACUGUGAUUGUGGAUGAGAAAACAGUUGAACGAUUGAUGGAUCCUGCCACCAAUGAGAAAUACCGAACGUUGCUCAAUCGAACGUUUGUGGAUGAUAAUGAUUAUUUGCGAUGGUGCCCUGCUCCUGAUUGUGAAUACGCCAUUGAAUGCCAUAUACCAAGCACCUCGCUUACAUCCAUCGUUCCCACUGUUCAGUGCAAUUGCGGCUUCAAAUUUUGCUUUGGAUGUGGUUUGGCCGAUCACCAGCCCACUAUUUGCGCUAUUGUCAAGAAAUGGCUCAAGAAAUGUGAGGAUGACUCUGAAACUGCCAAUUGGAUCUCUGCACAUACCAAAGAAUGUCCCAAAUGUCAAUCAACGAUCGAGAAGAAUGGUGGAUGUAACCACAUGACCUGCCGAAAAUGCCGCCACGAGUUUUGUUGGGUGUGCAUGGGUCCUUGGUCUGAACAUGGCACAUCUUGGUAUAAUUGCAACCGCUUUGAUGAAAAGAGCAGCGCUGAGGCAAGAGAAAACCAAACACAAUCCCGAGUGACCUUGGAACGCUACCUUCAUUAUUACAACCGCUAUGCCAACCAUGAACAAUCAGCAAAGCUUGACCGGGAUUUGUAUUUCAAGACUGAGAAGAAAAUGGAGGAGAUGCAACAAACGAGUGAUCUUUCAUGGAUCGAAGUACAGUUCCUGAAGAAGGCCGUUGAUGUCACAGUGCAAAGUCGUAUGACGCUCAAGUGGACAUAUGCAUUCGCAUUUUAUCUCUCACGCACUAACGAGACUGAGAUUUUUGAGGAUAAUCAACGGGAUUUGGAAAUGGCAACCGAGCAGCUUUCCGAAUUGUUGGAGAAGCCUUUGGAGAAGGAAAAGAUCGCACAACUACGACAGGCUGUUCUUGAUAAGUCUGUUUAUGUCAAGCAUCGACGAGAGAUCCUUUUAGAAGAUACUGCCAAGGGUUUAUUGGAAGGUCGAUGGAGCUUCUUUGUAGAUCUCAAAUAA